AUGCAAAGAGAAUUGGAUGAGUUCAGAGACACGGUGUGGAAUAGUCAUUGGAUCCGCACUAAAAAAGAUACAUUAUUGGCAGAUGGAGUGCCAAAUCACAUCUAUGAGUUUCCAAGCAGAUAUGGAAUGGAAAAGAAAGGUUUCUUAUCCAGCAAUUGAUAUAUUAAAUCAAUUUCAUCAUUAAUGCAAAUAUUUUAACUCUGCUUAAUUUAAAAAAUUAGGCUUCCUUGUAUCUCAGGAAGAUCUUGAAGAAAUUGCAGAGUUAUCUGGAAUCUUAGAUGCUCCUGAUGAUUUCAUCCCAUCAUUAUUUCGAAAAGAUCUGAAUGAGUUGAUGCCAAAUCCCGAAGCUAUCAAGUGCAAUGAAUUUGUUCAAACUUAUCUCUUGCUGAAACAAAGAUAUUUUGAAAAGACUGCAAAUAACAAUCCAGACAUUUAA